GUCCAGACACGUGGCCAGAGAAAAAGGCAUCUUUCGAUCGAUCAUAGGAGAGCGGCCUUAACUAACUUUGAACAGAGAACCAAACGAACCCAGAAAACGUUCUUCAAUCUAUCCUCUGCUCUUUUUCUUUCCAGUUGAUCAGAUUGAAAUUAGGAAGAAGUGCCGAACAGCUCAAAUUGUACGUCCUUUCUGUUGGAUAUGUCGCAGCCACAGGCACAGGCUCAAGAAGCGGCGAAAGGGAGCGGUAAGCUUCCCGACUGCGACGCCUACUUCGAAAAAAUCCAGUCCCGGAAGAAGCUGCCGCCUUCCCUCCAGGAGACUCUAACCGCCGCUUUUAUGAGGAUUCCAGUAUCAUCCUUCCCCCAAGUGCCCGGUGGAAAAGUGAUCGAAAUCCAAGGAGACGCAUCAGUGGCUGAUGCCGUUAGGGUCCUAUCGGAGAACAACAUCCUGUCCGCACCGGUAAGGAACCCCGAGGCGAAAACUAGCACGGACUGGAGGGACAGAUAUCUCGGAAUCAUAGACUACUCAGCGGUCAUCCUCUGGGUGCUCGAGAGCGCUGAGGUCGCAGCCCUUGCCCUGUCUGCCAGCUCAGCAACGGCAGCAGGCUUAGGUGCCGGGACAGUGGGAGCCCUCGGGGCACUGGCGCUGGGAGUGACCGGCCCUGCAGCAGUGGCUGGGUUGACUGCUGCGGCUGUGGGGGCUGCUGUAGUAGGUGGCAUUGCAGCCGAGAAGGGGGCAGGACAAGAUGCGCCCACGGCAGCGGACAAUUUGGGAGAAGAUUUCUACAAAGUUAUCCUGCAAGAGGAACCGUUCAAGUCGACCACAGUGAAGUCGAUAAUUAAGUCUUACCGGUGGGCACCAUUUGUGCCAGUAGCAGAAGAAAGCUCGAUGCUGAGCGUGCUGCUGCUACUCUCAAAGUACAGGCUGAGAAACGUCCCGGUUAUUGAACCUGGUAAGCCCGACAUAAAGAACUUCAUCACCCAAUCCGCGGUAGUUCAUGGUCUCGAAGGCUGCAAAGGGAGGGAUUGGUUCGAUUCUAUUGCCUCUCGACCGAUCAACGAUUUGGGACUCCCUUUUAUGUCAUCCAAUGAGGUUAUCAGUGUCCGCAGCAAUGAAUUGAUCUUGGAAGCCUUCAAGCGCAUGAAAGACAACCAAAUCGGUGGUCUUCCAGUGGUUUCAGGGCCAAAGAAAAAGAUAGUUGGGAACAUAAGCAUUAGAGACAUUAGAUAUCUCCUGCUCAAACCCGAGCUUUUCCGCAAUUUCCGACGGCUCACAGUGAUGCACUUCAUGAGUACAGUCAUCGAGGAAAACCAAGAGACAGGAAAGAUCGUCCCACCACUGACUUGCCAGCAGGAUGCAACUAUGGGGAGUGUGAUCGAAACUCUCGCCUCUAAGUCGGUCCACAGGAUCUACGUGGUGUCCAGGGAAGAUGAAGUUACAGGAGUGAUCACCCUCAGAGACUUCAUCUCUUGCUUCAUCUUCGAGCCGCCAUACUAUUUCGACAACUACUUGGGGUUCUCAGUGAAGGAGAUGCUGAGUCAGUAGUGAUUUGAUCGCUGCUUUCUUUUCAACCCGAGGCUUGUCGGCGCAACAAAUUAUGUACCAUGUAGUCUUUUCCUUGCUCUGUCUGAUCCUUUCAGGAUAGGAGAAGUUUGCUCUUUGACGGAACUGUACUGUUCUAGCAUGGUAUCUGAGCAUGUUGUGAUUCAUUUUUC